AUUCCAGAGACUCACGGGCACCCUCUAGGUCUAAAAGAGAGAAGUCUAACAAGUUAUACGAAGAGCCUACCAGAUCAACCAUGGAUACCGAUCCAGUCUCCUGCAAUAUGGCGUCAGCAUUUUACGAAAUAAUGAAAGAAUCUGGACUCCAAAGGCAGCUGGAGCGUGGAUGGGGAAACAACUACGCACAUGAUGGUGCGGCGGAUUCCGCAUCAUCACCCACUUCUGAUUUUGGUGAUACCAACCAGUCCAACCGAUCACGGUCUCGGCAAAGUUCAAAAGUAUCAUCUCCAUCAGGAUCUCGCAGAGUGGCACAAAGACGAGAUGGGAAGCGCCUCAAGAGCCCCAAGUCAAAGAAAUCCGGAGGAAGCGAAGUCAAGGAAGAAGAUGAAGAAGAGACCAUGGAGGAUAUCCAAGCCAUGCCAGAAUCCGGUAACCCGUACUCUCUGAACCACGAUCCUCAGACUGCGGCGACUGGAGAGGACCAUCGGACCUCUGGUUAUAAGCUGAAUAGGGAAGACUACGCAGACCGUGAAUAUCUGAGAGAGCUGGACUCGGAGCUGGAUACUCUUAGAAAGCACUUGCUCCAGCGCGCCAAUCCUCCCAGAUCAUUUCCCUAAUGAUUCACCUCGCCACCCUCUGUUGUGACAGGAAGCGCGUGCACAGAAAGGACGGAUACCAGAUGCAUUUGUAUAUCACACGCAUUAACAGCAAGCCUUUGCUUUUACACUAGAAAAAAAAACCAAAUGGGGCGCUCAGGAGUUUAUGAAUUUGGUUUUGUUUGAAUUGAUCAGCUAGGUGCAGGAGGGGAGGGGAGGGAAGGGGAUCUACAACAAGAAGCUAAUUGCAUAUAGACCAUCAUGGCCACCGAGAAUGAGGUAGUAGCAAUGAAACUUUUUGAUCUUUCCUUUUUUA